GCCUGUUCAAGUAACCAUGGCAACAAUCAUGUCACAGUAACAUGGCCAUGUUGAGAAACGUUUUUGGAGGCUGUGUAUCUGACAGAAGCUCUGAGUCCAUGCGCAACCAAAAGAUCAAGUUUGGAGCUCCACUCUCCCACAACAUCAAAAAUGGAUACCUGCCAGUUCCUUUGGUGGAAAUACUUAUAUACAUCGCCCAUGAAGGCAUGAGUACAGCUGAUCUAUUCCGACGUCCAGGCAAUCCAUCAGAUACUCGUCACAUAGUUAAGAGGAUGACAGAGGGCAAGCCUGUCAUCUACCAGAACUACAACAUGUACACACUGGCAUCUGUUGUCAAGAAGUUCCUGUUGCGCUUACCUGAUGGAAUAUUUGGCCAGAAUGGAGAGGAAACUCUGUUAAGUGUUCUCAGUCUGGGUCACAAAAUGGAACAGUAUGAGGCUGUGCAUGAGUACAUCACUUCCUUACAUCAGGCACAUCAGCAGCUUGUGUCCCUACUGUUUGGUAUCUGGUUCACUAUGAUUAACAACUGUGACGUCAACUUUAUGACAACGGAGGCAUUGUCACGCAGCGUUGCUGGGAGCGUGUUUCAUUCCUGUGCGGCAGACCCUGGCAAAGUGGAGAAGGCAAGCCGUAUCAUGCAACUGCUCAUUGAGAACUUCGGUGUGGCCAGUAUGUUUGGUCAGGAAAAUAUAGAAUAUUUCGCAGAGACUACCCGCACAGGGAUUCAUAUACGGGAAAAAUUCCGCUAUGAAUUCCAAUACCUGUCAGAGGAAAUUCUACCUCGUGAUCAGGCUGUGCAAUGGUAUUCCUUGUUCCUGGUCCAGGAGGCUCACCUGCGAGCCUUCCACCCAGUAAAGCAUGCUAUAUCUGAAGAAGGUUUUUACGAGAUGCAUGCCCAGCGAGAGGGUGUACAUGAACCCAGUAAUACGCCAGAGCAUUCGCCACAGAUGGACCCCAAAUAUCUGCUGUCGCCGCGACGCAAUGAUGACGAAGAUGGCGACUCUACUUGCUCACGCCUUAUGGCCGCCUCUACUAUAUCAGCACCUGAAGUGUCAUUAGCCCCCUCUCCUGGCAACAUAGGCAAGAGACCAAAGUCACUAGAAGAUAAUUUGAAUGAAGGGAGUUCCACAGAACCUCCACCACCUAAGGGAACCUUAAGUAGAUUUAACUCUGUCAAGCGCAAACAAUUAGAAAGAUUACGUCAGAGAUCUGAUUGGUUCCUUGGACCAGUUAAUGGCCAGAAAUCCAGUAAUGGUCAAUCAGGAACCUCAUUCCCACAAUACACCCGCGAACAUGAAAGACUUGUUGCAAAAAGUUCAGGGAAUUCCGUCACGAAGGCAUCUUCCGAAGGAGCUGCCCUUGAUGUUAUGUCGUCUGAUGUGGACAGUGUUUUUUCCGAAGAUAGUCGUAGUGAGUCACCAGCAUCAGAGCCAGUACGGACUCCACCCAUUAGGGUUACAAGGGACAUCAUCCACAGUGACACGAUAGUGGAUACACCUAUGGACAUGAGUGCGAGUCAUGAGUCACAGGACCUCAAAAUGGAUGAGGACGAAGAGAUGGUGGAUAGUGAGGUGUGCUACUUUGUGGUAGAGCACAAGUAUGGACACACAGAGUCCUAG